UUCAUUGGUUUUGUCAAUUGUGAUCCUCUGAGUCACUACCCUGCUCCCGGGCUGAAACCACACCCUUAUCCUUAAUAUUAGAAUUCCGCAUUGCCAGUGCCAUAAUCAUACUUACUAGGAAACGAAACUCAAGUCAAGUAUGGCCACUGCCAGCACAUCCACAGCCAUGGAGGAAGCAGAUCCAGACCUUAAUUCAAGUGAACCUCAAGAUGUGGACUGUUCAUCAUGCAUCGGAAAAAAGCGCAAAGCUGAACAGUUCUGUCUGCAGUGUUCGGAGUCAUACUGUGAUUUUCAUCUUGACUUGCAUAACACUUUGCACGUUGGGAAGAGGCACAAACUAAUGGAGCCAUGUACUGCCCUGCUGGAGAACAUCUGUGUUGAUCAUGGCAGGAGGCUGGAGGUGUAUUGCCGAACAGACCAAAAGUGCAUCUGUCACCUGUGCAUUACUGAUAAACACACAGGUCAUCAUGUCAUCCCAGUGCAAGAGGAGGUGGCCAACAAACAGGGUAAGCUGUGGGAGUUACAGAAGAAGGCCAUUGACAUAAUUGAAGCAAAAGAGAAAGACGUGCAAGCGCUGAAACAAGCCAUUGAGGUUUUCAAGGUUAGCAUUUAUUUUUCCUUUGAACUUGUAUCUUUUCAUUUUUAAUGGUAUGAUAUUGCCUGCAGAUAAUUUAAGGACAUCCACUCUGCUCUUUCUUCAUGAUUAGGCUUCAGCAAAUAAGGCACUGGUGAACAAUGAGAAGAGCUUCACUGAGCUGAUCCAAUCUAUGAAGGACAAUCAAAACAAAGUGACAGCGCUGAUCCAGGGACAGGCAGAGUCUGCUGUGAAGCAAGCAGAGGGCUUCAUAAAGACCCUACAGCAGGAGAUCAGUGUUAUGAGGGCAAAAAAUACUGAUCUUAUAGACCUGGAGCUGCUGUCUCAGUCAAACAAUGAUGUUCGCUUUCUUCAGGUAUACAGACAAUGGCUGUGUUGAAACAGAUAGAUGCCUUUUGGAGUGUCUGGUAUAAUGUUACAGUUGUUGUCAAUGUGUUUGUACUUUCCACAGAGUGCAGUGUUCAUGCCUUUACUGACUGUGUAUAAACAGUCAUUCGUCUUCCAUGUUCAUCCAUACAAUUCUUUUGAGCGUGACUCCAUGUUUGUUGAUGAGUUAGUUAAAAAGCUAAACACAACCAGCAAGCAGAGUUUACUCAGAGUUUCCAGAAAAGGUUAGUAGAAGUUGUUUUAUUUUAUU